CGAGCAUUGCAUCUUGCAUUUACAGGUGUCUUCCUUUCUGAGUCUUCCGCGGCUUCCUUCUUUCAAGUCGCCCUUUCCCGCGUCAAUCCACACAAACAACACCAUGAUCACCCGGACGUUCGCCCUCGCCGGGCUCUACGCCUCGACAGCGCUCGCCGUCUGCACCAAGCUCGAGGACUGCCCGCAGUACGAGACGCUCAAGACCAACGACUGCCAGCAGUACCAUCACUUCCUCCUCCGCGGCUCGACCUCGCCAUACCCAGGCCACGUCAUCUCGACGGUGGCGAAGGUCUGCGACCAGUUCAACACCGAGAGCACACCGAACGCCUGCGGAUAUGAAGAUGUCGAAUAUGCGGCUAUGAAUGGUGGGGAAAGGUGGUGCAAGAGCGCACACGAGGGUGCCCUGAACGGCGCCGCGCAGAUGCGCAACUACACAGCGCGUUGUCCUGACAGCCAUCUUAUCUUGAUGGGCUUUAGCCAGGGCGGCAGUGUCGGUCUCGACAUUGUGGGUGGUGGAGGUGGUGAGCUUUGGGGCUGUAUGCAGGAGAGCAAUCCAGCCAUGGACAUCUCCACUACGCCUGGCUCGAAGAUUGCAGCAGUCCUGAUGUACGGUCCAACGCGCCGCUCGGCGAACCAGACCUGGACAUUUGGUGGAGGUGAAAUCAGCGACGGCGGCGCUCCUCGAACGGCCGAACAGAACGCAGGCCUGAAGCCUUACGCUGACGCUGGCAUUCUGCGCGAGUACUGCCAGCCCCGCGAUCCCAUCUGCGCGCCUCAUACCGAGAACACAGACAUGUCAUUUCACCUGAGCUACUUCGACAAGUACAGCGACGAUGCAUCGGCUUGGGUCGCAGAUCUUGCGAAGAAGGCUGCUAACAGGAGCUCAAGCAACGACGAGAACCAGGGUGAUGGCGAUCAGCCAAGCGCGGGCGACAGGCUGAAGGCCGGCAUCAAGCACCCCAUCGGCAACUUCGUCAUUGGUUUCGCUAUGGUCGUUGCGCUAUUUUACUUGUACAGCGACUUUUAAACUCAUACUUUUCAGCUUUCUUGUACGCCGAAUCAUGACGUGGAGAACCUCCUCUUCCCGACUGUCCUCGUAUCAACCCGUCAGCACCGCCGAGACUGUCUAAGCCGCACAGCUGCAACCAGAACAUGAGAAGAGCUGCGCCACCGGGUUCCAAGAACUGUCACCUCCUUUUGAGCCUUGGAAAGCGCUUGGCGUAAUGCCGGCAGCCGAAGUUUGGCGCCCAGCGUCUGGGAGAAUUAUGUGCCCUUCUUUGAUAUUAGCGAUGCUUGUACAACACUUCGAAGCAUGGCGAUGUCGGU